ACCCCCCGGGGGGGGCGGCUGUUGCGCCCGGUGGCCACCAGGAGGCGCUCUGCAGGCUGGCGGCGUGAGAGUCUACGUGCGCCGGGGCGCUGCAGCAGUGGAGGACUGGGAACAGAAACCUGAAUCCCCUCCCGUCGAGGAUACACACCCCCCCGUCUCCCCCCACGGGCUCUGCCUGCAGGACAGCUUCGGGUUCGGGAAGCCGUGUUGUGGAAAAACUCUUGCAAGAGCGCAGCAACAGGGCGGCGAGCAAGACACGGAGUGAGAGACACGGACAGGCUCCCAGCCUUCCUCCACACAGAAGCACACUCAUCGGCGCGUCUAUGCAUCGGAGGCCAGCUCUGAUUGUGCUCAGUAAGCUGUGGCCAGCGUGUGGAGAGGACCCCAGGGGUGCAGCCGGUGACCAGCCGUGAUGGAGGAGGAGAUGAUCUUCAGCAUGGAGGAGGUGGACAGCGCCCGCAGGGGGGGCAGGCACGCCGGCUCGCUGGAGGACCCCGACAGCGACGAGGAGGACAACUUCUACAUCUGCCCCAUCACCGAUGACCCGUCGGAGAGCCAGGCCAAGAACAUCUGCAACUACCUGAAGAACCUCAUCCACAACGAGCAGUACUCCUCCAGCGCGUCGCCCAAGAAGUCCUUCAGCUUCAAGAAAGAACCAGAGGCGCGAUCUGUCAGUUUUGGGGUGUUGUCUGAACGAGGUCGGGAGGCUUGGAAGCAUGCCAUCCGGAAGGCCAAGGCCAUGCCCGAUCCCUGGGCGGAGUUCCACCUGGAGGACAUCGAGACAGAGCCCUGUGUGCGAUACAGGUACAAUGCUGUGACUGGGGAGUGGGCACAGGAUCAGGUCUAUAUAAAGAUGGCCACCCAGCCCUUCGGAAGGGGAGCCAUGAGGGAGUGCUACAGAACGAAGAAGCUGUCCAACUUCUCUCACAGCCACAACUGGAAAUCGGCCUCCAACUACGUGGCGAAGCGCUACAUCGAACCCGUGGCCAGGGACGUGUACUUCGAGGACGUCCGGCUGCAGAUGGAGGCCAAGCUCUGGGGGGAGGAGUACAACCGCCACCGGCCGCCCAAGCAGGUGGACAUCAUGCAGAUGUGUAUCCUGGAGAUGACGGGACGUCCCGGGAAGCCCCUGUACCACCUGGAGCACUACAUCGAGGGCAAGUACAUCAAGUACAACUCCAACUCCGGCUUCGUUCGGGACGACAACAUCCGCCUCACCCCCCAGGCCUUCAGCCACUUCACCUUCGAGCGCUCCGGCCACCAGAUGAUCGUGGUGGACAUCCAGGGGGUGGGGGACCUCUACACUGACCCCCAGAUCCACACCGAGAAGGGCACCGACUUUGGAGACGGAAAUCUGGGGGUGCGAGGCAUGGCCCUGUUCUUCCACUCCCACCUGUGCAAUAAGAUCUGUAAGAGCAUGGGCCUGACCGCCUUUGACCUCUCCCCGCAGGAGCGGGCCCAGCUGGAUUGUACCAACAAGCUGCUGUCCGCCCAGACGGUGCUCCGGGGCUGUGAGGAGCUGUGCGGCAGCCCCCGCGUGCGAACCAUCUCGGGCAGCCUCCCCCCGCCGCUGCUGUCCCGCCUGUCCGAGACCUCCUCCGCCGACGACAACAUGAGCGACGGCCCCUUCGACUCCCCGCCCUGCUCCCCGGCCACCCCCCACCUGGACUCGCUGGGCAAAUCCCCUCUGGGCUGGUCGGUGCUGAACAACAUGGACAUCCUGGCCAACGAGACCAACAACAACAGCAUGGAGCCCAGGGACUCGGAGAGUGGGGGUGACAGUGGGUACCCCAGCGAGAGACGCAGCGAGGGGGAUGACCUGGAACACAGAGAGAGGGCCAGCUGGCUGGGUAGCAGGAGGCCGUACGAAUCAGACGAGGACAGUAUCCGAAGGAAAAGAGUGGCGCUCCUCAACAAGCCCUCCUUAUCUCCCAAACACAACCCCCUGAACAGACCGCUGACGGAGGAGAAGUGGAGCUUCUUCCACGCCUCGCGCUCCCACGUUCACCGGCCCUCCUGCGUGGCCGUGGAAGUGGAGCGGCUCAACGCCCUGCAGCUGGAGAAGAAGAUCGGGAAGUCGAACCUCGGGAAGGUCCACCUGGCCAUGGUGCGGUACCACGAGGCGGGGCGGUUCUGCGAGAAGGACGAGGAGUGGGACCGGGAGUCGGCGCUGUUCCACCUGGAGCACGCCGCGCUGUGCGGGGAGCUGGAGGCCAUCGCUGCCCUGGGCCUCUGCCACCUGCAGCUGCCCCAUCACAUCCUGCCCGAGGUCACCCUGGAGGACACCGAGGAGAACAGGAAGAAGGGGUUCCGGUUCCUCCUGGAGGCUGCUGAGGCGGGGGACCGGCCCUCCAUGAUCCUGGUGGCCAGAGCCUUUGACUCCGGGGCCAACCUGGCCCCCGACAGGCCGCAGAACUGGGAGGAGGCCGUUGGCUGGUACAACAAAGCGCUCAACAUGACGGACUACGACGAGGGUGGCGAGUACGACGGCAUGCAGGACGAGCCCCGCUACCUGCUUCUGGCCCGGGAGGCCGAGAUGUACCUGAGCGGGGGGUUUGGGCUGGAUGCAGACCCACAGAGGUCAGGGGACCUGUUCACGGAGGCCGCGGACGCUGCCAUGGAGGCCAUGAAGGGCAGGCUGGCCAACCAGUACUACAUGAAGGCGGAGGAGGCGUGGGGCAUGGUGGGAGAGUGAGGCCACGCCUAGCGAGAGCUUCGAAUUGAAUUUCAACAUCGGCGCGACUGUUAACCCAUCACCACUGGGAAGCCUGUACUCUCUGUCCGAAUCCAAAACUGUUUACAGACGUUCAGCACCAUAGUUUUCGAUUGAUUCUCUUUUUUCAGUGCAUACAUGUAAUUGCCCCUCGUGGGGAGAGCUACAGACUCUAUACAGUAAUGCUGUAGCAUCUGAGUUGCUUUUUACAAUUGCAGAGCAAAUAAACUUUUAGCAAGACAGAAGAAUUGUUGUCGCAGAAAGUCUAGGACGCCGCCAUGCCUUUUUACUGUGCUAUACUCCCAGCGGAUCUGCACCUUGUAUCUACUCGCCCCACUGUGCUGCGACCUGAUUUGUUUUUAUGUUUUAUGUGCUUUUUAAAAUGUAACUGAAUAUAAUUCCUUUAAUGGCAGCAUAAAGCAGAAAGUUGUUUCUUUUGGUGCAUGGGAAAAAAAAUAACUGAAAAAGCUUUGUUUACAAGAUAUUAAUAUAAUUUUUUUUUAAAGCAUUUAAAUUUAUAUCUACACAUAACAGGUUACUGUGUGAAGGUGAAGGAGCAGAAGUGGCAGGGUUUUUUUUUGCUAAUCGAAGCUCCGAACCUUGUAAUUCUGUGGGAGAAGGAGGCGUUGCGGUGGGGUUGUGCAGCUAUCUCAGCCUCGCGCACAAAAGUGUACAGUGCUGUGUUGUUGCAGCUUGCAUGUGCUUAGGCCUCCUGGGAAUACGCACUCUGUAUGAUGAUGGUGUAGUUUCUGAGCAUGUCUGACCCGAGAUGUGGGCCUUUUGUGAGCACUUCAGAAAAUAAAAAGCAUCAGUUCCUUUUGAAA